AUGGCUGGACAUGGGCAAAGUGCAGACUUUAUGAGGCGGACGCGGUUAAACGAGGAGUCGACGCUGGCAUAUAUUCUUUCGAUGCUGGCAAUUGCCGUCCUUUUUGCGCUGUUCCACAUGGUGCGACGGCUCGGGCAGCAGUUGUCCGGGAGAAGGACUCAAACCGUCAAGGCCGGGGGACUGGUAUCACUUUCUCGAAAGAUACGGAGUGUAUCGAUUCACAGUGUGCCGUGUCUUCCUUCGGUCGGCCACGCGAGCCUCGUCUGCCUCUAUGUCGCCAUCAACAUCAUCGCGAUGUUUACAAACAUUGACAACAAGAACAUGGGGAUGAUCACCAACAUUGCCUCGAGGGCGGCGUGGCUUGCGUUGGCCAACUUGGUCGUCCUCAUCGUGCUGGCUCUGAAGAACACUCCGCUGGCGUUCCUGACGGCGUGGUCAUAUGAGCGCCUCAACGUGUUGCACCAGGUCGCCGGCUACAUGAUGAUUACACUCAUCAUCGUCCACGCCAGCUGCUACUCUUCCUACUUUGUACACGACGGACGACCCGAACGGCUCCUUGAGGUUGGCGAAAGAUUCGGCAUGGUGGCGGGCAUAUCGCUCGUCAUCAUUGCCUUCGCAGGGGCCGUCGUGAGGCGCUGGUGGUACGAGCUCUUCUACUGCGUGCACGUCUCCUUUUGGGUGCUGGCCAUUGUCGCGAUCGGCUUGCACCAGCCGGACCUGGGCAAGAAGACCAUCAUCAUGACGCUCGUCGCGGCCGGGCUCUGGGCCAUGGACCGGCUGCUCCGCCUCGCUCGCCUGCUGCUGUUUGGCGUCAACAACUCCGCGACGCUCACGCCGCUAUCCCACGGCGCGACGCGGGUGACGCUCGGCAAGCCCCCGGCCCGCGCCGUGUCGGGAAAGCACUGCUUCCUGUGGCUUCCCCGGAUCCGGACCUGCGAGACGCACCCCUUUACGAUUGUGGCGACGGGGCCGGUGGAGUUUGUGGUGACGUCCCACGACGGCUUCACGCGCGAUCUGCACCGGUACGCCGUGUCCCACCCCGGCGCGUCGCUCCGAGCGUCGGUGGAGGGGACGUACGGCACGAUCCCGAAUCCCGCCGCGUACGAUACGGUUGUGCUCGUGGCUGGAGGGAGCGGGGCUAGCUUCACGUUUGGCAUGGCCCUCAACAUGCUCCAGACGCUGCAGGGUGAUGAGAGUAGCAGAGCCAUUGUCUUUGUCUGGGUGGUCAGGCAUCACGAGUACCUGGAAUGGUAUGCAGACCAUCUGACUACGCUGAGGCACGACGACCGCGUGGACGCGAGGCUGUUCGUGACGAGGCAUUCAUUGUCCCAGCCAGUCAGCCCACUACCAGCCACCCCAACGUCGGAAAUGGGCAGCACCGAAAUCUCAGGUCUCGCCAUGAGCGACGCCGCAAAGCUGGAGAAGGAACCGGCGCAGGUGCAAUCGAAGAGGUCAAGCAACUCGCUUGGUUCAGACAAGCCGCAACACCUCGAGGCAAGCGGCGACGCGCCCAGCACAAUCAGCGGCAUCCCCAUCACGUACGAGAGGCCCGACGUCAGCGCCCUCAUCCGUCGCGCGGUCGACGAGACGCCGGCACACAGGCGGGCCUUGGUGCUGGGAUGCGGCCCCCCCGGGCUGAUGAAGCAGGUGAGGAACACGACGGCAGGGUGCAUCCGGUCGGACGGGCCGAGCGUGGAGCUUCACUGCGAGAAAUUUGGAUGGUGAGGCAACGGUGGCGGCGGGAGGUGCCCAGGCGGCAUUGGUAUGGUAGCCGACGACGUGCAGAGACUUCAUUUCCCUUGGAUAUAGUAUUGCGAGGAGAAGUUUUUUUGUGACCGAGUACAAAAUGACGCGAAGCAUGAGAAAAAAAG